AUGUUUAAGGUCUCAGACACACCUAUCAAACGAUCAUGGUGUUCUUGUACAUUCCCUCCGAUCUCGUCUUAUUCUAGUCCGAAGAAGUCCAGAAAUGAAUUUAAAUCUCCAAGUCGGAGCGCGGUAAGUCAUUUUAGAUUGGUUCUGUUUUGGUUUAGAGACUCUUGCAAGUGGUUUGGAUGAAAAUAAAUAGCCUUUUUUCUAGUUCCAAGCAUCGACUUUAUACAUGAACGAGAAAUACAGCGAUUUUACAUUUAUUUGCGAAUCCAACGGGGAGUCUCUCAAAAUUCCAGUUCACAAAUGUAUAGUCGGCUCUAUCUCUCCCUACUUCGAUGCUAUGUUUAUGGGAGAUAAUGUCGAAACAGCAGAAAAGAAGGUUACAAUAACUGAUUUUAGUGCUCAGGCAAGUAGAAUUUGGAAUAAUAACCUCAUUUACGGUUUAUAAAAUAAGAUUGGAUUUUCAGGUGAUGAAAGAAGUGUUCUAUUACAUCUACCAUGGCUGCAUUUCCAUUUCCUUUGGCCCAAUUUGUUAUGAAUUAGUUCGAGCGGCCGAUUACUUCCAAUUGGAUGGCCUCAGGGAUGAUUGUAUGGACAUGAUCAAGGAGAAUCUGGCCAAUGACAAUCUCCUCGACUCCAUUUGUAUGGCCGCUCAGUUCAAACGACAUGAUAUCGUGGCCAAAGUGAAACGAUUUAUCGAAUUAUUUUAUACCGAUAAGGCUGUGGUAAGAAUUUUAAUCAAAUUUAUGGGUUAAUUUCCCUAAACAAAUAUUACGGUUUUAAUAUUUAUUUGAUAAAUCAUGUUCAGGAGGAAUUAUACUCAGAUCUGAUCAGGAAUCACCCGGAUACUGCCAUAUAUUACUUCUCCAAGACAUGA